AUGGUCUCUGCUGCUCCAAUCCUAGAGACACGAGCAGUCGCCCGUAUCUCCGCACCAUCAGGUGCGAUCAUAGUCGAUAACACUGGUGCUACAUCAGGAUCAUACACCACCUUUCAGAAAGGCGUGAAUGCCCUCUCCACCACUACCACCACUCCUCAAUACCUCUUCAUCCACCCAGGUACUUAUACCGAACAAGUCUACGUCCCAGCCCUGAAAUCCAAUCUCACAAUCCAGGGUUAUACCACGGAUGCCAGAACCUACGCCAAUAAUCAAGCGAUUGUAACCUAUAACCUCGCUCUCCAAGAUACUACCUCGGAUGAUUUGACAGCUACUUUACGUCAAUGGAACAAAAAUACCAAAGUCUACAAUCUCAUCAUCAAAAACACAUUUGGGCACGUUUCUAAAAACGGUCAAAACCUCGCCAUCUCUGCUCAUACCACCAACCAGGGAUAUUAUGCCACACAGUUCAUCGGGUAUCAAGAUACCAUCUUGGCUAAUACCGGCACGCAACUCUAUGCCAAGUGUCUCGUCGUCGGCGCCAUCGAUUUCAUCUUCGGUCAAACCGCUCUUGCCUGGUUCGAGGGUAACGAUAUCCGUACGAUUGCCGCGGGAUCAAUCACUGCAUCCGGACGCUCUUCCUCAAGCAAUCCCUCCUGGUAUGUGAUUAACAAUUCAAAUGUACAGAAUAGCAAUUCCAGCGUAACCACGUAUAACAACUACUUGGGACGACCAUGGGAAGACUAUGCACGAGUCGUUUUCCAAAAUACUUAUCUGGGAAACAAUAUCAAGGCUGCCGGGUGGAGUGUUUGGAGUAAAAGUACGGCGAAUACAGAUCAUGUUACUUUCGAAGAAUACGGCAACACAGGACCCGGUUCCAUCGCCUCCGAAGGACCCCGAGCAACGUUUAGUUCUUCAAUCAGUUCCGCAAUUAAAAUUACCACGGUUUUGGGAAGUGGAUAUUUGAACGAAUGGUGGGUUGAUAGCAGUUAUUUGUAA